AUGAAGGUGAUCAAAUGUUAUGAAAAUGUUGUUAUUUACUGCCAGAAAAAGUAUUUUUUACUCCAAAUUUUUGCAUACAUCUCUGUAAUAUCAUCAAGUAUAAUCGGAAGAAUACCAAGACUUCAAGAAUUCACCUCAGAGUUUAGUAUUGAUGAGAAUUGUCCAAUUGGUACAGAAAUCGGGACGAUUAGCUCAAUUCUACUAUCAUCAAAUUCUAUAACUUCAUCUGAUUUAAUAUCAUCAUCAACAUCAAGAAUGAAACAAUCAUCAUCAAAUGAAUUUUCACAAAUAAUUCCAUUGAACUAUAAACUUGGUUCACCGUCUAGUUUGUUCAGUGUUGAUGAACGUAAGGGUAUGUUGGUUACUAAAGCUGAAAUUGAUGCUGAAACUUUAUGCUCUUACGUAACUACACUGAAUGCAGAUCAAACAGAUGAAAAUAAUGAUGCACGAAUUACUAAUAUAGAAUCUGGCAAAUUGAUGAAUAAUCGUAGCAAGAUAUCAACAAUUGUCGAUCAAAUCAAAUGUAACAGUUCCGGUGAUUUAAUAAUUCAAUUCGAUGUGAAUGCUUUACAAACAGAUGGUAGUCUUCGAGCAGUUCAUCAUAUUCGUAUUCGUAUACAUGAUCUCAAUGAUAAUGGACCAAAAUUUGAUCAAAUACGAUGGUAUAAACGUUUAAAAGAAGCUAUUUAUCGAACUGGUCGAAGAAUUGAUCUACCAAAAGCUAGAGAUAUUGAUAUACUUCCUGAACAUAGUCGAAUUAAUUAUCGACUUGAAGCAUGGAAUGAUGAUACAUCUAGUACAAUUCAUCCUAUUAAAAGUCCAUUUAAAUUAGAAGUAAGAAAUUCAGGUCAACCUGGUUUACUACUUACUGAAGAUUUGGACGCUGAAAUGGAGAAUCGACAUAGAUUUAUUUUAGUAGCUUAUAGUCCAAAUGUAAUUGUUUCAAAGAAUGCCUUGAAUGGUCAAUUCAUUCCACGUGACGCUCGUUUAGAAAUAGAUAUUGAAGUUGCUGACAUGAAUGAUAAUGAACCUAGAUUCGCAUUUACUGUAUACAACAUCAGUGUAGCUGAAAACACAUCAGUUGGAUCUGUUAUUUAUGAACUUGUUGCUCAUGAUCCAGACAGUACUUCUCAACUAACAUAUACAAUGGCUUCUUCAUUAGAGUAUCAUGUGAUGUCGAGUACAUUUCAUAUUGAAACUGAUGGACAUAUAAGAUUACAUAGUAGUUUGGACUAUGAAUUACGUCAUGUAUAUUCAAUACCAAUUGAAGUAACUGAUGGUGAAUUUUCUGCACGUACCACAUUAAAUGUUCAAGUAGUCGAUGUAAAUGAUGAACCUCCAGCAUUUGAAUUAAAUCCAAAGCAAUUAAUUGCUGAUGAAAACGCUUCACCAGGCAAAUUGAUUGGACGUGUAAGAAUCCGUGACCCUGAUAGUCCUAGUGUAAAUGGUCUUGUGGAAUGUUCAGAGCCACCAGGAUUGAUUCGUCGUCAGGCACUUCAAUUUCUACCUGAUCCAACCGUUAAUCCUACAGCACAAGUUUAUGAUUUAACUACUCGAAUUAAACUUGAUAGAGAAGAUCCUGAAAAUCCUAUACCAGGUCAUUUAAUUGUCUAUUUGAUUUGUUCAGAUGGUGCUCCAAAUACUGGUGAAAUAAUAUCGCAUACUGCCUACAAUGGGGUUCGACUGACGUCAACUAUGACAGCAACUUUAACUAUAAAAGACGUAAAUGAUCAUAAACCAGUUUUUGAAAAAUCUAUUUAUGAUGUAUCAAUUCAAGAAAAUAAUCCUAUUGGCGAAAAAGUUGUUCAAAUUAAAGCUGAGGAUUCAGAUGAAGAUGAAAAUGCUAGAAUUACUUAUUCCUUAUUGGAUAGAGCCAAUUUCAAAAUAGAUUCCUUGACAGGUUGGAUUACUCCAAACCUUGUGUUUGAUCGUGAAACACGGGAUUCAUAUCAGGUUACCGCCAUUGCAAUGGAUCAAGGUAAACCUCGUUUAUCUACCUCUGUCUUGAUCAAUAUAACUGUACUUGAUGCAAAUGAUCAUAGUCCUAUUCUAGCAUCAUAUGAGGCUGAUGAAACUCUUUUACAAACAAAUAAUCUACCUAUUGGACGUUUUGGUCCUAAAAAUUUAUUCAUCGUACAAGAGAAUAUGCCAGCUAAUACAUGUCUUGGUAAUGUAUUGGCAUUUGAUAAAGAUGAAGGAUUGAAUGCUGAACUCAUGUUUAGUCUUCUUCAAGAUCCAGUAUUUCACUUCCAUGAAAGGUUUAAACUUUCACCUGAUGGUGUAAUUUGCACAAAUGUUGAGUUGGAUAGGGAAGAGAAGGAUCAUUACCGGUUGACAGUUGUUGUAAAAGAUCAGUCAAUUGAUGAACAACUGACGACAACUGGAACUAUUGGUAUUAUUGUUCUAGAUGUAAAUGAUAAUCAACCUCAAUUCUUAAAGCCUAUUGGACUUUUAAAUCCAAAUAAUUCUCAGUUAAGUGAAUACCGACGAAAUAUGAAUAUUGGUGUCAUACUCUAUGAUCAACCCUCAGAAGAAAGAAAUUACAACAAUUUCGAAGGUAAUCAAAAACGUAAUGAUGAAGAGUAUCAAAGUCCUAUUUUGACUACACUAAGUCUUCCUACGACAUCAAAUACACAGUCUACACAUAUUGAACCAGUUAUUCGUUUAUCUGUAUAUGAGAAACCUGAACAAGUAAUAAGUAAAUUGUAUGCAGAAGAUCCAGAUACUGGUGAGAAUGGAGCUAUAGUUUACUUACUUGAAGAAUUCUUUGAUUUGUCAGUAAAUAAAAUCAAACCAAAUCCCUUGAUUCGAGUUCAUCCAGAAACUGGAGAGUUAAUAUUAUUACGUCAUAUGAUACCUAUGGAUUUAGGAUAUCAUUUCUUUAAAGUCACUGCAUCUGAUCGUGGUCAUCCUCAAAUGAAAAUGGAUCAAAAGAUUUUAUCACUUCUAGUCGAAGAUAUUCCAGCAUCUGGAAACUUGGUACAAAAUUCUUUAUCAUCCAGUUAUUACAUGAGCAAUAUAACUGGAUUAGGUUUAGAUGAAUGGAGUUUCACUACUGGUAAAAAUGUUCUAAUCAUCACAAUUUUGUCGAUUGUUUCAGGAUUAUUAGCAGCUAUAUUCAUUACUGCUAUUGUUUGUGUUAUAAAACCAUGUUCAAGAAAUCGUCAAAUAAAUAGACAUUUAAAUGAAAGACAUGAUCGUUUAAGAAACCGACCACCAACUUAUCCUGGAGGUUCAGAAACAAAUGGAAUUAUGCUCAAUGAAAAUGGAACAUUCCUUAAUGGAACAAUAGAUCAGAGAGUUUAUACAGUUUCUAAUGAUUCUCAACGGAUUGACUUUCAUAGACCUCCUGGUCCAUUGAAUGGUGAAAUAUAUAUGGAUACAUGGAGGCAUCAAUUUACAGAAAAUGGGACAAAUUAUGGAAAUAUCUCUUAUUCAUACAAUAGUCCAUUAGGUGAUUCAAGAUGUCAACAUUCUAAUGAUCAAGACUCUUCAAUGAAUUCAAAUCAUAGAACUCAAAUAGAUAAACAUAUGGACUUAAAUUCACAUCAUAAAAAUCCAGUCAGCACUGGAGCGCUGCAACUUACUUAUGAAAACUUGGAUUGUCACCACCUUCGAGAUAUUCAUUUCCCAGCUGAAUUAAUUUCAACCAAUAUAUCACCUUCAUUUGGAGAGAAUGUUGAACCUGUGUCAGUUCGAGUACUUACUCCACAAAUGAGUAUUGACGGAUUUAGUGAAACCAGUGAUCAGAUAUUUCUACCACGAUCCAAUAAACUAACUGGUAUUACUAUUGGUUAUUCUACUGACUCAAGAACCCCCGCUUCUAAAAGUGCCUUGCCUGCUUCGAAUGUCAAACUUGACACAGUCAACGCAUUCUGUGUUGCUAAACCUAUACCAAUUCCACCCAAAGUUAUAUGCAAUUUAAGUGGAGAUAAAAUGAGUUCGGAAAUAAUGGAGAAGAGUAUGAAUUCCAAUGAAAUUGAUUUGAUAAAUUCAGGGCUAUCACCAAUGAAUGUUGUUAUAGAUGAUAUUGUUUCAAAUUCUGGUUCAACAAAACAUCAAGGACAUCGUCUAGAUACUACAAUGCCUAGAUUUGGUACACUUUAUAAUGUUAUGACAGUUAAUCAAAGACCGAAUUCAAUUGAUGAACAUGUUAUUCGAGUUGAAGAACAUGCAUCUGAUUCAGGUCGUGGUGGAAGUGAUGAAGACUCGAUUGUACAAAAACUAGACAGUAAAUUGGUACAAUCAAGCAUUUCGAAGUUAAAUUCGACAGAAGGAACCACUAUAUGGAAUGAAUCUUCCGCUGGUUGUGAAUCAUCGCCAAAUUUUUUCAUUCAAGUGAUAAUCCAGAUAAUGUAA